CCACAGUGUUUGUGCCAAAAGUUAUGAAAGCGUUGUGAGAAUCUCCAAUGCCCUACAGCUCCAUGUCGUUCAAGGAGAUUGUACUUGUUUCUGCUCUAACGUUGAUAAUAGAUAGUUUAACGAGACCAGGUAUUGCAUCGAGUCACAGAUUUGUUGUUUCUGGCGUGUUGAUAUGUUGUGUCGUGAAUGUAAGCAUGCGUGUUGCUUUAGCUAAGGCCUAGCUAUUAGUUAACCUGACAUUAGGUCGAAGUGUGCUGGGAAGGUUCUCAGAAGACACAGCUUUACCUCUGGUAAGUGUCCACAGGGAAGUCACAAUGACAGAGCAAGACGGAGAGGGAUGGGGUGGCAUUAACCUUUCACCUCACCUGCACACAGAUGAGUGCAAUGAACUCAUAAGCCUCCUGAGACAGUGCCACAARGAGCACAACGUCAUGAAGUUCUUUGGCACAUGUAAUGACGCGGACCGUGCCAUGCGUCACUGUCUGAAGAAAGAGCGAUUGGAAAAACGAGAGCRCAGCAAGAAGCACGGAGAAGAAAUGCGAAAGAGGAUAAAGGAAGGACCCAAGCAGUUUUAAUACAUCCACAAACAUUUGGGUAUAAAAGUGAACAUGAGAACAAGG